AUGAAGCUGCCGCUCACGUGUCCGUGGGGCGCGCGGCUGCAGUCGUUCAUGGCCGACGUGGCCGAGUGGGAGGCGUCGGGCGCGACGCCUGUGCUCAUGCCGACGCUCUCGAUCACGCCGCCGAGCUCCCCGGUUGCGACGGCGCCGAAACGCAAGGCUAAGCCCAGCAGUGGGUCCAAUCCCAAGCGCGUCAAGUGCGAAGACGACGUCUCGAAGCGGUCCAAGGCCAAGGCCGCCAAGGCCAAAAAGGCUGAGAGCGCCAAGUGCGGCGACGACGAUGCACAUAUGAGCGACGUGGCCGAAGCGCCGCCUCCGCCACCGAGCGCGCCGUAACCAUCUGCGUGUAGCGACGACGCGGUCGUGGAAGUGCU